AUGCCGGGUAAGAAGAAACAUGGAACCUACGAUAUUAUCUCGGAGGACCUCUACGACUGCCGUAUCCCGUUACAUAAUGAACUCGCCUAUCAGCACGGAAUUCAUUUCGAGGCUAAAUACGUUGGAAGCAUGGAGAUUCCGCGACCCGGCACUCGUAUUGAAAUUGUUGCGGCUAUGCGACGAGUUAGGUACGAGUUCAAAGCUCGUGGCAUAAAGAAACGGCCUGUGGACAUUACUGUUUCGGUAGAUGGUGUAAAGGUUGUGCUUCGACGUAAAAAAAAGAAUCAAAAGUCGUUAUCCUGGGACGAAAGUAAACUGUUGGUUAUGUUUCAUCCCAUUUACAGCUUAAGUGCCGCUGUCGCGGAUGACAGUCACUGA